AAAUGAACACAUGGAUAUUACUAUGCUUGGCCUUGCUCUUCUCAGGAGUCAUAGGAGAAGCAAAGGCAAGCCAGGAUUAUAAUCUGCUGAAUACCUUUAGAAUCCCAUUCCCUGCCUUUACACAGGGGUUUAUUUACAAUAACACCAAUAAGUGGAUUAUCGAGAGCACUGGGCUGACAGGUCAAUCUAGGAUCAGAGUUUAUACACUAAACGAGGACACACAAGAAGCUAGCGUCGCCAAAAGGAAAUUCCAAAACCAUAAUAAUGAGUUUGGAGAAGGACUUACUUAUCUAAAUGGGACCUAUUACCAACUAACUUGGAUGAACAAAAUAAUUCAUUUAUUCGAUAGCAAUUUCAAGCAUUUAGGAAGUAAGCCAUUACCUAAAGAGAUGAAAGGGUCUGGAUGGGGUAUCACUACUGACAAUCAUUUCCUGUAUGCUACGAGUGGAACAGAUAUUAUUUUUAAAAUUGACCCAGAGACUCUACUUACAGUUGAAGAGAUCAAAGCUCUAGAUACAGAUGGCAGUCCUUUAAGAGGUCUUAAUGAAUGCCAAAUUGUUGACAAAGAUCUUUACUGAAACAAGUGGGGUUCGACAAUUAUAUACAAGCUUAACUACAAGACUGGGCAAUGUAUAACAAAAUAUGAAAUGAAGCCUUUACUGGAUAAGGUUGUCGAAACAAUGAGAAAAGAGGCCACAGAAAAAGGUAACUCCUUUCGUUGGAGUAACUAUGACCACAUGAACAAUGUAUUGAAUGGAAUUGCUUUCAAUCCUGAUAAGAACACCUUCUAUGUAACUGGGAAGAACUGGUAUUAUGUCUUUGAAGUAACCUUUAAUGACUAA